AUGGCCGCGCAGACGUCCCUGCCCAAGAUCUCGCACGUCCUCGAGCUGUGUCUCUACGCCCGUCACCUUCCCACCUCGGUCGCCUUCUACUCGAACACGCUGCGCCUCGGCACGCCGUACCUGUCCAACUCGAGGAUGGCCGGCUUCUCGCUCGGCCACACGACCCUCCUCCUCUUCCAGCGCGGCCUCACCUCGUCCGACAGCGUGCUCCCCUCGGGCAGCGUCAUCCCGGGGCACGGCCCACCAGGCAUCGACGACCCGCCGGCGCUCAAGACGCACUUUGCGCUCGCCGUCGACCGGCCGGACGACGUCGACGCGUGGGGCGACGAGCUCGAGCGCGGCGGCGUCGAGGUGACGGGCCGCGUCACGUGGCCCGCGGGAGGCAAGAGCGUUUACUUUGCCGACCCGGACGGGCACGUGGGAGAGAUUGCGAGCCGAGGGAUCUGGCCGCACUACUGA